AUGGCUCAGAAGCGCAAUCCUUACGGCGACGACACACCAGACUGCACGACAGAAUUGAGUGGCGGCAUUGAAUUUACAGAAGAGAUUAAUGAGGACAAACUCCUUCGAAAAAUUGAUGGUCAUCUCCUCCCAGCUGUCGGAAUCCUGUACCUGCUUUCUUUUCUCGAUCGUAGCAAUGUCGGAAAUGCGCGUAUCGAAGGAAUGCUCGAUGAUAUCAACAUUACUGGAAAUCAGUACCUGACUGGCUUGACUGUCUACUUUAUCGGCUACGUUUUAUUCGAAAUUCCCUGCAAUAUCGUUUUGAAGCGCACAACUCCACGCAUAUGGCUUCCCACUCUCACUCUUGCCUGGGGUGUUGUGGCCACGCUUCUCGGCGUGGUCAGUAAUCUCGCCGGGUUUCUGGUAGCGCGCUUCUUUUUGGGCGCUGCCGAGAGCGGUUUGUUCCUAGGAGUCGUGUAUUACUUCUCUAUGUGGUACAGAAGGGGCGAGCGCCAGUACCGAAUUUCGCUAUUUUUUGGAGCCGCCUCGCUCGCAGGUGCCUUUGGUGGCAUCCUGGCCUACGGGAUCGGAAAGAUGAAGGGUAUCGUUUGGGAGAACGGUUGGCGAUGGAUAUUUAUUCUUGAAGGUAUUGCUACCGUUCUUGUGGCAAUUGCGGCAUAUUGGUUUAUUGAGAACUACCCUGAUACGUCAAGAUUCCUCACAAAAUCUGAGCGAGAAUUCAUUCGAGCUAGGUUGGCAGCAGAUAGCGAUGCUACGAAGGACGAGGCAUUCUCAUGGAGCGCAGUUGGUGCGGCUCUGCGCGAUCCAAACUGCUGGCUAUACGGCUUGGGAUUCCACACGAUGAGUCUGCCCUUGUAUACGCAAUCUCUAUUUAUGCCCACAAUCAUCAAGGACCUUGGCUAUACGGCCGCAGUGGCGCAGCUUCUGACGAUUCCCCCAUACGUCCUCGCUUUCGUCACAACUCUGACGGUCGCUAUGGUUUCAGAGAAGGCUGGCCAGCGAGCGUUGUUCAUUGCCGGUUCGUCCUUUACCGCUGCUAUUGGUUACAUCAUUCUCCUCUCCAACACGGACCCCGUGUCACGACCUGGCGUUUCAUACGUGGGCACAUUUUUGGCUGCGGCCGGCAUCUACCCCGCGUGCGCUCUCGUGCUGUCUUGGCCCGCUCUAAACGUGUCCGGGCAGACGAAGCGCGCGACGGCCAACGCCAUGCAAAUCAGUAUCGGCAACCUGGGGGCAGUGCUGGGAACACAACUGUACCGAGCCAAUGAUGGGCCGCGCUUCGUCGUGGGUCACUCACUGGCGCUGGCGUACCUACUCGCCAACGUAGUGGUGGUUCUUCUGCUUCGCUGGAGGCUGAAAAGGCAAAACAGCGACCGAGCAGCUGUUGCUGAAGAGGCUACGGAUGUCGGAAAGGCUGAGGGCUGGAAUGGAGAUGCGGACGCCCGGUGGAGAUUCCAGUGCUAA